ACUGCUUCCACUCUUCAGUCCGUGAGCCAGGGACGCCGUACAACAAAGUGGCUUAGGGCAGAGUCGUGAGACACACACAGCAAAGCAACAGUCUCAAAGGGUUUGUGUGAGCUACUAUGGAAUAGUUGAAUGAAGUGGGAAACACACCGCCCUGGUCUCAAAAGAAGGUGCAGGAUCUGUUGAUGAGCAGAAACAAGUUUUGUGGAGUGGACGUCCAUCUGGCACAAUUUAGAGGAGCACAUCCCAAUCCAGCUGGGAGGAAACCAUUGCAGUGCUCUUCGAUCUCUACCGGGGGACAUGAGGAGAGAUAGGCUGCUGGUGGCUGUCACGUUGGUCACCCUCCUGGCGGCUGAUGUUCAUUUUGUCCUAAUUCCCCGAUUGAAAACAUGGUAUCACCUGUCCAGAGAAAUCUGCGCAUGCAGGGGCGACAAUGUCAGCUCGGGGAACCGUGUUCCCACAACUGAUCUGUGGCUUUUGAACCAGAGUUCUACUCUGGUUUCUGCAGAGCAAGACUCCAAGCUGGAAAGGUUGUUCCGACACUCGCUGUACAACAUCCGUCUUCCAGAACUGGGGCCUGAUGAUCUUAUAUUGCAGCACGAGGAGCUUAUGAAUUACCACAAGAGAAAAAUGACCCGAUGGGAGAGACUGAACAAGUUCUACAUUGAGGCGGCAGCUGCUUCUAACAUCACUAUACCUGAUCACCCUGUGACCUUUGACCCUGAGGCCAGUUGGCUAAGAUUCCAUUUGGGCAUCAACCGAUAUGCACUAUAUUCAAGAGAUGACAGCAGCAUAGACAGACUUCUGAAGGACAUGCAGACAGCCACUGUUAUUAGUGCAGAUUACACUCAGGAUGAGAAAGCUUUAAAGGGUGCAUGUGACUGCUCUCAAGUGGUUAAGCCAAGCGGUCUUCACUUGAAGUUGGCACUGAAGCUCCAAGACUUUGGCAAAGCUAUGUUUAAACCAAUGAGACAGGAGCGACACGAGGAGACACCAGAGAACUUUUUCUAUUUCGUUGACUUUCAGAGGCACAAUGCAGAGAUUGCAGCCUUCCACCUCGACAGAGUGCUGGACUUCCGGAGAGUUCCACCUGUGUCUGGGAGAUUGGUCAAUGUGACCGGUGACAUCUUGUAUAUAACUCACAACGCGGACCUGCGCAAUGUGUUCUUUACCUCUCCAGCCAACAACACGUGUUUCUUUGCCAAGUGUUUAUACGUGUGCAAGUCAGAGUAUGCUGUGUGUGGUCACCCGGAUCUUCUGGAAGGGUCCAUGUCUGCCUAUCUACCAGGCUUGAGCAUUGCUCCCCGGAUCUCCAUUCCCAACCCCUGGAUACGCUCCUACAGCUUCACUGGCCGAGAGGAGUGGGAAGUUAAUCCAUUAUACUGUAACACAAUCAAAAAACUUUAUCCCUACAACUCUGGGAAUAGACUUCUCAACAUCAUUGACAUGGCAAUAUUCGACUUUCUCACAGGAAACAUGGACAGGCACCAUUAUGAGAUUUUCACCAAGUUUGGAGAUGAAGGUUUCUUGCUUCACUUAGAUAAUGCCAGAGGAUUUGGACGAUAUUUCCACGAUGAGAUGUCAAUUUUAGCACCCUUGACGCAAUGCUGCGUCAUCAAGCGCUCUACACUACUGAGAAUGAAACUUUUGGCAAGAUCAGAGUACCGUCUAAGUGACGUAAUGCGGGAGUCCCUAUCGCGAGAUCUGCUCACCCCAGUUCUGACUGAGGCACAUCUGGAGGCCUUGGAUCGGCGAUUGGAACAUGUUCUUAGGACAGUGGGAAGGUGUGUGAAGAAGCUGGGAGAAACACAAGUGGUGGUCACGGACUUUGUGGAAUCACAGAGAGGAACAACUAUCCACCCAGCGACAAACAGGUGACAGGAGGACAGUGAGAAGUGAGGAUGCGAAGAGAUAACAAGAACCCUAGCUGAGACCCCCCAAAAUUCCACGACAAAAAAAUCAGCGUACCCAAAUCAAGGAGAUUUGAUUGUUUUUGUAAGAAGCUAUAAUUCCUAUGCAUCUUAAUGGCAGGUGCUGGGCUGGCACAGGACCACAAAGUGAAACAUGGUACUCUUGGAUGCUCAAUUUUGGAAAAGAAUGAAAUGCCAUAUUCGCCAUACAUACCUGUUGAUGGCACCAGAGGAGGCCAGCAAAAAUAGACCUUGAGAGACAAUUCAAAAUAAUGUCACCUUAUAGUCUACUAUAACAUGUUUUGUUACUUUUUAAAUAGCUGUCAACAGAAUAAUAUAUUUUUAGUUGUCAAACAACAUUAAAGUGGUAAUUUUACCACCAAUAAGUCAAAUAAAUCAUGGACUAAAUCUUCCAUUUCUUUGCUAUUCACUAUGUCUAUAAGGCAUAGACACAUGUCAACAACUGUUUGUUAAGUAGUCCAGACAUUUUCAAUAAAACAGCACCUUUAAGGGGAUGCCCUGAGCUGGUGAUGUUGAGACAUGAGUUAAGAAUGUCAGAUUGUGAAUUUCGGGUUGAUCAUUGUCAGAAAAGAUUAUUGGAGUCAUUUGGAAAAGCUGUGUGAUGCAGGAUUGGCAUUGAAGACAAGAUCAUAUUACAUCAGAAAACGCACCAUUUAUUGUUCUUUAACUGCACCGUGGGAAUGUUAAUGUUAUGUUAACAAUUAGUUAAUGCAUUAGCUAACAACGAACAUACUUCUACAGCAUUUAUUCAUAUUAGUUUAUAAUUUCAGCGUUACAUUAUUAAAAUCAAACGUUGUUAACAUGAAUUACUGUAGGCUAUUGGCAUGAACUAAAAUCAACAAGGAUUAAUAAAUGCUGAAAAACGAAAUUGUUCAUUGUUAGCUAAUGCAUUUACUACUAUUACCAAAUAGCAUCUUCGUGUUACCGACCAGUUUUAUACAAACAGCCUGAUGUCCCAGCAAGAAACCAAACCCGAAACCAAACUUUAAUCUAAACCAUUUUUUAAGGUAGGACAUUAGUAUUCCACUAUGAACCUAAUCCA